CGGACAUGGCCUCCGGUUUCGCGUUUGCUGCUGCGGCGGCCGGCACCGCUACACUGAACCCAGCGGCCGGAGCCGUAGCGCCUUUUUCUUUCGGGGGAACCCCGGCAGCAAGUAACACUGGCACAACUGGAGGACUUGCCUUUGGCGCAUUUGGUGCAGCUGCAACCCCUGCAACAACUACAGCUGCAACAGGACUUGGAGGAGGGCUCUUUGGAGCAAAACCUGCCACUGGAUUUACAUUGGGUGGAGCAAAUACAGCCACUGCUACAACUACAUCAGCUUCCACAGGUUUUAGCAUUGGUUUCAACAAACCAGCAGGAUCUGCUACACCAUUCUCUCUGCCAGUUACUUCUACCUCUUCUGGGGGCCUCUCCUUGGCUUCUGCUCUUACAUCUACUCCAGCUACAGGGCCCUCUCCUUUUACUUUAAACUUGGGUAGUACACCUGCCACAACUACAGCAGCCUCCAUUGGCUUGUCACUUGGUGGAACACUGACUGGGCUUGGUGGAUCACUGUUUCAGAACAUAAAUCCUUCAACAGGUCUUGGCCAGAUCACGCUGGGCCAGAGCACGCUGGGCCAGAACACGCUGGGCCUUGGUUUAAAUUUAGGAGCUGUAGCCCCUGUCUCACAGGCUGCAACACAUGAAGGACUUGGAGGUUUGGAUUUCAGCAACUCUUCUGACAAAAAAAGUCAAAAAGCCGGUGCCAGGCCAGAGGAUAGCAAAGCACUUAAAGAUGAAAAUCUACCUCAGUUGUUAUGUCAAGAUGUUGAAAAUUUUCAGAAAUUUGUGAAGCAGCAGAAACAAGUCCAGGAGGAGAUCAGCCGAAUGUCCUCCAAAGCAAUGCUGAAAGUACAAGAAGACAUUAAGGCAUUAAAACAGCUUUUAUCUGUUGCAUCCAGUGGCCUCCAAAGGAAUGCCUUGGCAAUUGACAAACUGAAAAUUGAAACCGCUCAGGAACUUAAGAAUGCUGAAAUAGCUUUAAGGACACAGAAAACACCUCCUGGGCUUCAGCAUGAAAAUACAGCUCCAGCAUAUUAUUUUCACACACUGGUGCAGCAGUUUGAGGUUCAGUUACAGCAAUACAGACAGCAAAUUGAGGAACUGGAGAAUCAUCUAGCAACACAGUCAAAUAGUUUGCAUUUGUCUCCUCAAGAUUUGUCCAUGGCAAUGCAGAAGCUUUACCAAACAUUUGUGGCCUUAGCUGCCCAGCUUCAGGCAGUAAAUGAAAACUUUAAGAUGCUCAAAGAACAAUACCUUGGCUACCGUAAAACGUUUUUGGGCGAUUCAACAGAUGUGUUUGAGGCGAGGCGAGUCGAAGCUAAGAAGUGGCAGAGUGCACCGCGUGUCACCACAGGACCCACCCCUUUCAGCAACAUACCAAACGCCGCUGCCGUUGCCAUGGCCGCAACAUUAACGCAACAGCAGCAGCCUACCACAGGGCCUCGGCCUUCACUCGGAGUUAGUUUUGGAACACCAUUCGGUUCAGCUAUGAACGCUGGCUUACAACCAAGUGGCUUGGGCUCUUCAGGCCUCGGAGGAUUUGGAAGUAGCUCUGCUUUUGGUGGUAACACCUCUGGCUCAUCCUCAUUUGGCUUUGGAACGGCAAAUAAACCAUCAGGAAGCCUAAGUGCAGGGUUUGGCAGUACAUCUACAUCUGGAUUUAACUUCAGCAAUCCUGGCAUCAAUGCUUCAGCUGGCUUAACCUUUGGAGUAUCCAACCCUUCAUCUACAGGUUUUGGGACAGCAGGACAGCUGCUUCAGCUUAAGAAGCCUCCAACUGGAAACAAGAGAGGGAAGCGAUAGACCGGGUUUUGUUUUUGUGGGGGGUUUUUCUUGGUGAAAUUACUACUUGUUAUUUCACUAAAUAAAUCUAUUUUUCUAAAUCAAGUGCUGCAAGUGUUCCCAAAAUAGUUUAUACCAUUAUGGGGAGUUUUUGUUUUUGAGGCUUAAAGUAUUUUUCCCCCCAACUCUCUGCAAAUUUAUUCGAACCUAUGAUAUCCUGCCCUCCCCAACACCACACUGUUUGCUAUGGCCAAGUUAUCAACAUGUUCUGUACAUAGAUACGGUUGCACUGCACAUAUUUUUGUAAAUUGUUUUUAUAUCUGAAUAUUAGGUUAAUAUUUUGUCUGAAAACGUAACUUUUUGGGACCAUUCCUCUGUACAAUGGCAUGGGUAGGGGGUGGGGUCCAUUUGAGACUUAUUGACACCUGUUUUAGAAUCUAUAGUGUUUUGAUUGUUUCUGAUUUAUUUGUACGGGGGGCAAACCAACUAUACUUAUUAUUAAACUCACACGUUCCUGCCAGUAGAAAAACAUGGGUUCAUGCCUCGCUAUUGUCUGCGUCCUGGGUGUUUGUAUGUUACUUCUAAUGCUCUUAAGGAUAAAAUAUUAAGUGCUAUUAAGAAAACCAUGUCUUAACUUUUCCCGAAUUCAUUUUUCUGAUGGCUGUUUCUAUGUAUCCAUCCAUUAUAGAGGUGAAUGGUUUCAUGGUGUCCUAUUAAACUAUCCGUUUCAUGUCUCGUCUUAGAAUAUUAUCAGUGUCUUGGGGGGUUGCCUUGGUUUCCACUAGCCUUUUGACUGUCUUAAACUUUGUGUAGUGUAUCUGAAGUGUUAAUUAUCUGUUAAUUAUCGCCUUAAUAUCUCCUUGUAUGUUGCAACGCUAAAUUCUCUUUCUUUCAGUCUGGAGUGGUGUUGUGCAUUAGGCAGAGGGUCCUCUCUCUUUAUUGGCCUCGUUCCGCUUUGUAUGUAUAGGUGCCAUGUUAUGAGCAUAGGAGACAACUGUACAGAUGUUUAAAUAUUCUAUUUAUAACACUUUUCCUGAGUCGUGCCAUCCAUUUGCAGGAUUUAUUUACAUUUUGAUUUUGUUUAGCUGACUCCAUCUCAGGUUCCACCCCCCCAUCGGCAAUGUCCAGUCUACAGCUUUAGGUUAAAGAACUUCCAUAUUUUGCAGCACAAUGCAUUUCUUAAAGGGUAUCCAUUGAAUAAUAUUUAGAUAAUGAACAGAAGAGUUUUAAGGUUGUUUCUGCUAUAAAAAAUGUAACAUUUUACUCUUGUACGGUCUUCCUAUUUUAAAAGAUAUUCAUUUUAAAUAUAUUCCAUCAUAUACAGGUAUGGGACCUGUUAUCCAGAAUGCUCGGCACCUGUGGUUUUUCGGGUAACGGAUCUUUUUGUAAUUUGGAUCUUCAUACCUUGUCUACUAAAAAAUCAUGUAAACAUUAAAUAAACCCAAUAGGCUGGUUUUGCUUUCAAUAAGGAUUAUUAAUUAUAUCUUAGUUUGGAUCCAGUACAAGGUAAUGUUUUAUUAUUGCAGAGAAAAAGGAAAUCGUUUUUAAAUUUUUUUUUAUAUAAAGUGGAGUCUAUGGGAGGCGGCCUAUCGUAAUUUGGAGCUUUCUGGAUAAUGGGUUUUUUGAAUAACUGAUCCCAUACCGGUGCGUGUAUCAUAUUCCUAAAAUGUUCCUAAUUGAAAAUUUCCGGUUUAUGUAUCGGUGUCUAGUGCUGACAAAUGUUCUAUAUACAUUGCUUCAUAAAAUUUCGUAUGUGAAUAUUGGCAUGACGCUAUUUUGUGUGCUUUCCUAAUUUUUCUUAAUCCCAUUCAAGGCUCAGGGACCUGCAAUAAUGUAAGUAGAUGGUUUGAGAUAAAUUCUUGGAGCACAGCAGAAGGACUAUCGAUUGAAUUGCAGCCAUAGAGCAUGCUAGAACUGCUGCGUUGUGAGAGAAAAGGAGACGUGGCUGCUUGAUCAUAAUUGUCAAUUAUUUUAUUUGUCAAACAAAUAACUUUAAGUCUUUUGCAAAUCUACUCUACUAGCCUGUUUUUGAAUGCAAGUUUUGCUGGGCUGAAGUGAAGACAAAUUUUUCACAAAAAGAUUUCAUCAGAUAUUGGUUGUUUUGUAUGGACGAAGAGUUAAAUUUUCUGUUUUUCUUUACCAGUCACAGAGGAAAAAGAUGCCUUAAGAUGGCCAUACAUGAAAGAGAUCCACUCGUCUGACGACAUCGACAAACGAGCGGAUCUUUCACAGAUACGCCCACCAACGGCAGGGCUAUAUCGGGGUAAUCCGAACAUCCGAAUGAUCAGAUUACAACUAGGAGCAAUGGGCUCCGACUGGUUGGUUGGCGUAAAAAUGAAAGCUUCCCGAUCAAUAUCGUGGCCAGAUAUCGAUUGGGAAGACCCGCCGGAAGCCCCCACACAUGGGCAGAUAAAUUGCCGAAUUGGUCUAAAGGACAGAUAUCAGCAGCUUUAUCUGCCUGUGUAUGGCCACCUUUAGCCCUUAUUUGUUUGUUGAGGGAGAGAGUGUCUGAGGCUGUUGCCUAUUAGGGUAGUGGCAUAUGUAUUAAAUCCGCAUUGUUCAACAGUAGUGACCAUUCUCUGGUUUAUCAUUCAGCCAAUCCCAAGAAAUGUAUAAAUCAUUUUUAUUGUUCAUCUUUAAACUUUUUUUUCCUUUUAAUAUCUACUUUUGUCUUUCUCUGUGACUGUUUUGAAUAAUUGUUUUGCAAAUCGAUGUUUUGUACUUGAAAAAAAUAACCGCUGCCAACUUUGCAUUUGUCUCCUCCUUCAGAAGACCUGCCUUGGACAGUAGCUUCACUGUUGCUUUUCAGUCUCCUGAUUUCUGUUGUACGUGUGACAAUAUUUGAAACCAUUGAUGUCUAAACCAAUAAAAUGAAAUGCAAAUA